AUGUCGCAGCCUUCAGGUUUGCUGUCUGGCAGUAACAGACAGCACAGUGCAUGGCUGCCCGGAGAGGGCAGUGAGAAAAUCCUGAAGGAAGGACCCCUGCUUAAGAACUGUAACUCCUUCCGGAGAUGGAAGCUUAGAUAUUGUCUGAUUCAAGGACAGAAGCUCCACUUUGCACACCACCCUUCGUUUGCGCACUUUGAAACAAUUGAUCUGUCGGAAGUCGCCUUGGCAGAAAGCAGCUGGAGAAAUCUUUGCCACAGUUUCUGUCUUAUCACACCACAUCGAAAAGUCUCCCUGGCUGCACCCAGUCGGAAAGACAUGGAAGAAUGGAUUAACAUCAUAAAAACUGUCCAGCAGGGAGAAAUCCAUACGAUACCUGCAGCCGAAAACAAUCCUUACCUUAUCGGAAUGCACUACUGGUAUUCCAGCCAUAGUCCUCGGACACAGUUCUGCAAUGUUUGUCGCGAGAGCAUUCCUGCCUUAUCUCGAGAUGCCAUCAUCUGUGAAGUCUGCAAGGUGAAAUCACACAAAUUAUGUGCAUUGAGAGCGAGCAAAGACUGCAAGUGGAAUACUUUGUCCGUAACCGAUGACCUCCUUCUACCUGCUGAUGAAAUACAAACAAUGCCCCAUCAGUGGGUAGAAGGAAGCAUACCUGCCGACUCUCGUUGUGCAGUAUGUCACGAGAGCUGUGGUAGUCAUCACAGGCUUCAAGACUUCCGCUGCCUCUGGUGUGAAUCUACGGUGCACAGCGCCUGCCAGAGGCGGUUUUCCAAGGAAUGUUCCUUUGGAAGUCGUCGCUCAUCGAUCGUACCGCCUACGGCGCUGAGCGACCCUCGAGGCGAUGGCCAAUUAGUGGUAUCGUCUGACUUCUGGAGUCUUGAUUGGCCAUUGACUUGUUCCUGUCCCUUGCUCAUCUUCAUCAAUUCCAAAAGUGGAGAUCAUCAAGGGAUCAUCUUCCUCCGAAAAUUCAAGCAGUAUCUUAAUCCAUCUCAAGUAUUUGACCUGUCGAAGGGCGGACCUGAAGCAGGGAUCUGUAUGUUUAAGAACUUUUCUCGUUUUCGCGUUCUGGUUUGUGGUGGAGAUGGCAGCGUGAGCUGGGUCUUAUCCACGAUUGAUGCCUUUGAAGUGCAUGAUAGGUGUCAGCUGGCAGUCAUCCCGCUUGGAACUGGUAACGAUCUCGCUCGUGUCCUUGGCUGGGGAUCAGUCUGGAGUAAAAACAAGUCACCACUGGAUAUUCUCAACAGAGUAGAGCAGGCUAACGUGAGAAUUUUAGACAGAUGGAGCGUGAUGAUCCGUGAGAACCCCAAACAAUUCCCACCGCUAAAAGGACAGGUGAAAAUGGAUAUACCAAGAUUUGAGGCUGCUGCUAUCCAGCACUUAGAGGCUGCAAACAAUGAAUUGAACAAAAUCCUGAAGGCCCAGUACCCGACCGAGAUUGUCAUCGCCUCUAGAUUCCUGUGCUCAGCAGUGGAAGACUUUAUGAUUGAUAUUGUAAAGGCCUGGACCCAAAUAAAACAGAACAAUACAGCAGUGGAGUCUGUGAUUUUGAAAAGUGACUUGAUGUAUGAUAAACUCAGCAUCAUUAUUGAUAUCCUGACUGAGGAUGAAGAAGUUACCUCUGCUGAGCGACUAGCCACAACAUAUGGAACCUCUGAGAAAAUAGAACGAAAGCCCUUCGUCCCUCAAAUAGACCACGUCACAAAGUCCAAGCUGGAGUUGGCUGUAAGGGCUCAUGACAUCCAGAAAUCCUUGAAGCUCAUCAUAUUCCAGGUGGAACAAGUUCUGGAUGAAGAAAGCAGACAGUCCUUAUCAGUGAAGAACUUCACAUCGACUUUCUGCCUGGAAGAAGAUGACUCAGAGGAGUUCAGUCAGAUGAGCCCGCGACACCGUUCUUAUUGCAGCACCUUAUCGUCUUUGCUGUCUCUCCAAAGUGAAGACCUCAGAAACCUUGACUUAGAUUACUUACAUUUUACACCUGAAACGAUACGCUUCAAAGAAAAGUGUGUCAUGAACAACUACUUCGGAAUUGGACUAGAUGCAAAAAUUUCUCUGGAGUUCAAUACCAGAAGAGAUGAACACCCAGGACAAUACAAUAGCCGCCUUAAGAACAAAAUAUGGUAUGGUCUUCUGGGAAGCAAGGAACUGCUGCAGCGCUCUUACAGGAAACUGGAAGAACGAAUACAGCUGGAGUGUGAUGGAGAACCCAUCUCCUUGCCGAACCUUCAAGGCAUUGUAGUGCUCAAUAUUACCAGCUAUGCUGGAGGUGUCAACUUCUGGGGAAGCACCACAGCAACCGCGGAAUACGAGGCCCCCGCGAUAGAUGAUGGGAAGCUAGAGGUGGUGGCAAUCUUUGGUUCGGUGCAGAUGGCCAUGUCUCGUCUCAUCAACCUGCAUCAUCAUCGAAUCGCUCAGUGCCAUGAGGUGAUGAUAACUAUUAUCGGUGAAGAAGGUAUCCCUGUGCAGGUGGAUGGGGAAGCCUGGAUUCAGAAGCCAGGCCUUAUCAAGAUUAAAUACAAGAAUGCUGCCCAGAUGUUGAUGAGAGAUCGGAACUUUGAGAACUCACUGAAAACGUGGGAAUGUAAGCAUACUGAAAUCCAAGCUAUCCCACCACCCCACCUGGACUUCCAGGAAUCUCAAGAUAGCCUCUCUGAUAGCGAGUAUGCCCAGAUGCAGCACUUGGCUCGGCUUGCAGAAAACCUCAUUAGCAGACUUAAUGACCUGAGCAAGGUCCACCAGCAUGUGUCUGUCCUCAUGGAUUCUGUGAAUGCCAGUGCUAACGUCCUGAAUGAUGUCUUCUAUAGCCAUGACAGUGGCAAUGAGGCAGGUGCAGCUUCCUGUACUCCCAUUGAGACUCUAAGCAGAACUGAUGCAGUAGAUGUUACAUUUAGUCUUAAAGGGCUCUACGAUGACACCAAAGCUUUCGUGGAUGAAAACUUGUUGAGAGAUGCUGAGGAUGAGGCCACCCUAAAAAAUGCCCUGGAGGCCAUGAAUACGGAGCUGCGAAGGAUAUUGGCAAUUGACUGGUUGGGUCAAAUCCUUCUUCGAGAGGAGCACUCUUCUGACGCCAACAGUCUAACUCGCAGAUUGAGAGUUCGAUUCCCCAAGUUGGGGAGGAAGAAGCGAGAAGGGGGAGGAAAGUCGAAAUCAAAGCCAAGACUCCCUGGUUUUUUCAGCAAGUUCUGGCGUCGCAGAAAUCGUGGCAAUGCAGCAAAAGAUAAUGACUCUCCAACACCUUCAGGUUCUCAGCUGUAGUCCUUGAAAGCUGGAAGAACUCUCAACAGAGAAUUUUACUAAAAACUCUCAAAACCUCAAGAAAGACUGAACUAUAUUAUAUCAGAACAAAAAUGAGCACCACCAAGAAAGACCCUCCAAAUCCUUAUACUAAUAUAUUUUCCCUGGACUUAAUCAGAUCUCCUUAGAGGGUUACAUUUUCUUGUUGGCCAAAGA